AUGACGCCAACACGUUCGCUAUGGGCGUUCUUCAUCCUUGUCGCGGUCGCCUGUGCCGCUCAUACCUCUAACUGGGCUGUCCUGGUCUCUACCUCUCGGUUUUGGUUCAAUUACCGGCAUCUUGCCAACACGCUCUCUCUCUACCGUACUGUCAAACGGCUUGGCAUCCCUGAUUCUCAGAUCCUUCUCCUCCUGCCCGACGACAUGGCCUGCAACCCAAGAAAUGCCUUCUCCGGAACCGUCUAUUCGAACGCGGACAGACGCAUGGACCUGUAUGGCGAGAACGUCGAGGUCGACUACCGCGGCUACGAAGUCACGGUGGAGAACUUUAUCCGCCUGUUGACCGAUCGUUGGGAGGAGAGUGUUCCCGCAAGCAAGAGACUACAAACAGACGAGGGUAGCAACAUCCUGAUAUACAUGACGGGCCAUGGAGGCAGCGAGUUUUUGAAGUUUCAAGAUAGCGAGGAGAUUUCGAGCUGGGAUCUGGCCGACGCGUUUUCCCAGAUGAGAGAGAAGAAGAGAUACAACGAAAUGUUGUUCAUGAUCGACACGUGUCAGGCAAAUACGCUCUAUCGACAAUUCUACGCUCCGGGGAUCAUCGCGACGGGGUCCUCGGAAGAAGACGAGAGCUCGUAUUCCCACCACGCGGAUAAUGACGUCGGCGUGGCCGUCAUUGACCGAUGGACGUAUUAUGUCUUGGAGUUUCUGGAGACGCAGGUCACGGGGCCGACGUCAGACAAGACGCUGGGGGAUCUGUUCGACAGCUACGAUGUGCAGAAGAUCCAUUCGAAUCCUGGUGUCAGAUGGGACUUGUUCCCGGGAGGGGAGCAUGCGGGAAGGAGUCGAAGGGUCGUCGAUUUCUUUGGAAAUGUCCAGAGCGUUGAGAUUCAGGUAAAUCAAUCAGAUGUUGAAAGCCUGAAAGACGAUAUCGAGGGUCUCAAGCGACUGGUACAGGAAUAUGAGACAUUCGCGGCGGCUCAGGAGAGCAACCAGACACUGAUGUCUGAUGUUUUGCAGCGAAGGACGAGUGAGAGCAAUGGCACUACAAGAAGGGUCCUGUCGAAGCAGCGGGACGCAGCUGGAAGAAUAAAGGUCUCAGAAAAACCGCAAUUGGCUCAACAACUGGCCGGAGUGACUGUUCUUUCCGGACUUGCAGCGUUGUGGUAUUUUGCUCCAAAACUUGUGUGA